GAGUGGUCUCAGCAAUUAAAAGACGGGUUUCGCCGACAUUAACGUAAACCCCAAAACUCUUUUCAUUAUUAUCUCUACUACGUCAUUUUUCUACCUAUAAAUAAAUAAAUAAAAUCACUAAAAGUAAUAAAUCCACACUCUCAAGGCCAAACCUUCCAAGACCAGACCAAGUUUCAUUUGAAUGCAAAUAUAGCAUGUCUUACCAGCAAGAUUUCUAUUACAUGGCCGAAGAUUUGGUCGAUGACAUGGAUGAAGACAAGUACGAUAGAGCUGGUGAAGACAUGGAUGGUGAUGAAUAUGACAUGCCGACCAAGUUGACUGAUACGUCUGCUGUGCAAGCGCGGAAGGGGAAAGACAUUCAGGGGAUUCCGUGGGAAAGAUUGAACAUAACUAGGGAAAAAUAUAGAUUGACAAGGCUUGAACAGUAUAAAAAUUAUGAGAAUAUCCCAUCCUCAGGUGAAGCUGUCGACAAGAAAUACAAACAGAUGGAAAAGGGUGGGAACUACUAUGAAUUCUUCCACAACACUAGAUUGGUUAAACCUACAAUUCUCCAUUUUCAGCUCAGAAACUUGGUUUGGGCUACUUCAAAGCACGAUGUUUACCUUAUGUCCAAUUAUUCAGUUAUGCACUGGUCAUCAUUGUCAUGCAAUCUAUCUGAGAUCCUUAAUUUUUCUGGGCAUGUGGCACCUACUGAGAAACAUCCGGGAAGUUUGUUAGAAGGUUUUACACAAACUCAAAUAAGCACGCUAGCAGUCAAAGACAAUUUUAUGGUUGCAGGAGGCUUCCAAGGAGAGCUUACUUUGAAGCACUUGGACAGAAAAGGAGUAACCUUUUGUACCCGGACAACCUAUGACGAUAAUGCAAUUACAAAUGCUAUCGAGAUAUAUGACAGCUUGGGGGGUGGAAUUAAUUUUAUGGCCUCCAAUAAUGACUGUAGCAUGAGAGAAUAUGAUACAGAGAGAUAUCAACUUUUAAAUCAUUUCCGUUUCCCUUGGCCAGUAAAUCAUACAUCAAUCAGCCCCGAUCGAAGGCUUAUUACUGUUGUUGGAGAUCACCAAGAUGGGUUGCUUGUGGAUUCACAAAAUGGAAAGACUUUAGCAACGGUGGUAGGUCAUCUAGAUUACUCCUUUGCAUCCGCAUGGCACCCAGAUGGGCGCAUAUUUGCCACAGGAAAUCAGGAUAAGACCUGCCGAGUAUGGGAUAUAAGAAACCUCUCAACGCCGGUUGCAACUCUCAAAGGAAACUUGGGUGCCGUUCGAUCGAUCCACUUUUCAUCCGAUGGCCAAUUCAUGGUAGUUGCCGAACCAGCUGAUUUUGUUCACGUGUAUAGUACGAGUGCAGAUUACCAGAAAAGGCAAGAGAUCGACUUCUUCGGUGAGAUUUCAGGGGUAUCUCUAAGUCCAGAUGAUGAGUCUCUAUAUAUAGGAAUAUGGGACAGAACUUAUGCUAGUUUGCUGCAGUAUAACAAAAGACACACUUACACGUACUUAGAUUCAUACUUUUGAUUAUGUCGAUGAUCCUCUUUGAAAGAGUGUGUUGCGUGCUGCUUUAAUUUUGCAACAUUGUUGUAUUCUCUUAUGUCAUGUAGGGUGAGUUAAGUGAAGAUCAUAUAUAACAGUAGAGUGUGUAUCCUUUGUUAGAAUUUUGGUGCAUGUACAGUUCAAUA